AUGGUAGGAGAAAUUCGUCGUAUAUAUAAACGCGAUCCCGCCCAUCGAGUGUUCGUUAAUCGCAAUUUACGAUUGGAAAAGAUCAAGUUUUUCGGAUUUGAUAUGGAUUACACUUUAGCAGCAUAUAAAUCACCGAUUUUGGAAAUGGCUUUUGAUAUGACUGUCGAACGAUUAAUUAACAUUGGUUAUCCAGAAAAUAUACGAAAAUUUCACUAUAAUCCGUUGUUUCCCGUUCGUGGUCUUUGGUUUGAUCUUUUAUAUGGAAAUCUUCUAAAGGUUGAUGGUUUUGGAAAUAUUCUUAUAGGAGUUCAUGGUUUUCGAUAUAUGAAACCAUCCGAGAUUGAAGAACUUUAUCCGAAUAAAUUUAUUCAUUUGGUUGAAGAUCGCAUUUAUGUACUUAAUACCCUUUUCAAUCUUCCAGAAACCUAUUUAGUCGCAUGCAUUAUCGAUUAUUUCGACAAUAAUUCGAAUUAUUCACCAAUUGAAAAUCGUAGCGGCGUACAAAUGGGUGAAGUUUUAAUGACCUAUAGAUCUAUUUUUUUGGAUAUUCGAGAAGCAGUCGAUUGGGUUCAUUACAAUAGUAGUAUGAAAGAAAUAGUCUUAAAUGAUCGACAAAAAUAUAUAAUAAAAGAUCCGAGAAUAAAACAAUUUUUAUUACAAAUCAGAAAUAGUGGAAAGCAGUCGUUUUUAUUAACAAAUAGCGAAUACUUUUAUACGAAUGGUGUAAUGGAAUAUUUACUUGGUGAUGAUUGGACAUCAUAUUUCGAUAUUACAAUUGUUGGAGCUAGAAAACCUAGUUGGUUCGCUGAAGGGACAGUUUUUCGUGAAGUUGAUAGAGAAACAGGGUCUCUAAAAAUCGGCACCCAUACUGGGCCACUUAAACAAGGCCAAGUAUAUUCUGGCGGAUCAUGUGAUGCCUUUCGCAGAUUAGUAAAGGCACGAGGCAAAGAUGUUCUAUACAUUGGCGAUCACAUAUUUGGCGAUGCCAGAGGAUGGCGAACAUUUCUUGUUGUGCCCGAAUUAGCGCAUGAAUUGACAAUUUGGACCGAAAGAAAGCCACUCUUUGAACAGUUGACUCAUCUCGAUACUUUACUAGCUGACGCAUAUAAAAAUCUCGAUAGUAAUUCGAAGGAAAAGCCAGCCAUCAAUAAAAUACUUGAUUCAUUUACUGCUUUAACUCAUCAAAUGGAUAGUGAAUACGGAAUUCUUGGAUCGCUGUUUCGAAGUGGAUCUCGUACUACGUUUUUUGCUUCUCAGGUAGAACGAUAUGCUGAUUUAUAUGCAUCAAGUUGUUGUAAUCUUGCCCAUUAUCCAUUGUUUUAUUUCUUUCGCGCACCAAUGACACUAAUGCCACAUGAAUCAACCGUUGAUCAUGCAUCAGUUAUGAGAAAAACAUCGUUCGAUCAAGAUUUAACCGAACAACAAUGCAUAAACGGCAAAGAAAAUUCUAUUGCAGAUCAUGUUCGAGAAAUGGUAACUGAUGCAAAGUUUUGUCACGAGGAAGAAGAAGAAGAUGCGACAUCUAAUAGCGAUAACGAAAUGGAUAACAAUAAAGGUGACCAAGAUCAAGAACAUAAUCAAAUAUCAAAUGCGCUAAAUUCAAGCGAUGUCAUUUCAAUUAAAAAAGCUCAUGUUGACAAAUAG